AUGAAAUCGGCGAACCCGGUUGCUGCAAUCCUGCAGAACUACGAGGCUACCAGAAACAAGGUCGUGCGAAUCUCCGAGGCCAUCUUGGCGCAAACCAAAGUGUUGAGCAUGGCGAAAGGAGUGAGACCGGACAUCAAGUGGGAUUUCAGCAAUGCUUCGACAAGUGCUAUAAUGAAAGGAAACACGGAUGCACUCAGCGUUGGCGACUUCAGCAUGCUGGUCAUCAUGAACAUCGUGAAGGCAACUGCUUUUGCCGGUGAUGUUUACGGAAGCGCUUAUGAUGAGACGGACAACGAACUUCCUGGGAUAAAGGAGGUGGCCGAGGAAGAUGUGAUGCAGCUCGUUGCUGGAAAGCUUGCAUGGUGUUCAUAUGGUAAAAGGAACAGGAUUGUUCCCAGGCUGAGACCUGAUACCCUUGCCAACAUUGGCAAUCUGUCAGUCGCAAGCUCUGAGGUCUUGCAUACACCGGGAUGA